AUUUUGAAACUUUGGCUGCUUCUUUAUUCCAAUAAUGAAUCUCUCACAAUGCUUAUAUAUAUGAUUGUCCUCUUGCUCUGCAAACCCAAGCCUUAACUAUUACAAUUUGGUGGUUUGCUUCCUUACCAAAAUCACCAACAAUGGCCAAAAUCGCUUUAGGAUCUCAACGAGAGGCCACCCAGCCUGACUGCAUCAAGGCCCUUAUCGUGGAGUUCAUUACCACCUUCUUCUUCGUCUUCGCUGGUGUCGGAGCAGCUAUGGCCGCUGAUAAGCUAGUGGGAGGAUCUCUAGCUGGCUUGCUUUUUAUUGCUUUGGCUCAUGCACUUGUGGUGGCUGUGAUGAUAUCUGCCGGUCAUAUUUCCGGUGGUCAUCUUAAUCCAGCUGUUACUUUAGGUCUCCUUGCUGGCGGUCAUAUUACUGUCUUCCGAUCCAUCCUUUACUGGAUUGACCAAUUGAUAGCAUCAACUGUUGCUUGUCUCCUCCUAAGCUAUCUCACAGGAGGACUGGCUACUCCGGUGAUUACAUUGGCAAGUGGAGUGGGCUACGCACAAGGCGUGGUGUGGGAGAUUGUACUGACUUUCUCCCUGCUAUUCACCGUCUACGGCACUAUAGUAGACCCCAAGAAGGGCGCAAUUGAUGGACUGGGUCCAUUGCUUACUGGACUCGUAGUUGGGGCUAACAUCUUAGCCGGUGGGUCAUUCUCCGGCGCCGCCAUGAACCCAGCACGAGCCUUUGGUCCGGCAUUGGUGAGCUGGAACUGGACUCACCACUGGGUUUACUGGGUUGGUCCCCUUAUUGGUGGUGGGUUGGCUGGGUUCAUCUAUGAAAAUUUCUUCAUCACAAGAUCUCAUCUUCCUCUUCCAAAUGAUGAAGAAAAUUACUGAAAUGCUCCUUACCUUCAUGUAAUUUAGCACUUUUGGCCCCUCCUUCUUCAGUGUAUUAAUUUUCUGUGUGUUUUUCCUGUGAUUUCAUGUCAUCAAUGUGGGUAUUUUGCAUGAUAUUCUACUCUUUGUUACUAGUUUUAUGCACUAAUUAUGUGGAUUCCUUA